GCUUUUGUUGUACUUGCUCACGGCUACGGCCACACGGACAGUUUGGCGACCGGCACCGGUUCUACAGGCUUCUACUCGCCGUCUACGGCCGGCGAAAGACCCUGGGUGUCGGCUUCAGGGCAGACUGGAGAUCGUCGUGGUAGCGUGGCUGGGCAGGCGCACAAAGACACUCGACGACUGUGGCAUCAUCUCGACUGCAUCUUCGUUCAAACUCUCUCUUCGUAAUUCUUUUCGCGCUCCAUGAGUCUGAGUCAAGGCUACUCUUGCUAUCGCAUACAAGCCUGGGCGGGCGGGAAUCUCAAGCUGUUUCUUGAGGGCUUUUCCUCUUCACGUUCCGUCUGGCUUCACCACUACUGACAUUAUCAUCUAGCUACCAGCUGUAAUCGACAACAUGACCAAACCUCCUUCCUCUCCGGUCGCCUCAACCGCCUCGGCAACUUCCACGAAUCCGAAUACUCCGCGCUCAAGUGAGCCACAUGAAGGAAAUUCGCAAGCAGAUCAAGAAAUUGUCGACACCGGCAAUCAAGCGGUGAUAGUUGAUGUCGCGCCUUCAUCGCCAGAGUCAUCUAGUCAAAAGAAUCAUGAUAUUCAGCCGACAUGGCCCAGUAAAAUCGACCGGACAAAAAUUCGCGCCGAGGCUUGCUGGCUUGACCAAAACUUGGAUAAUAUCUUGCUAGAUAUACACUGGGCUGGACAACAUAGCCGCGCAUUCUUGAAACUUCACACAGCCUUGCACCUUGAGGGCGUACCUGGUGCCUCUCGGCAUGGCCUCGUAAACGCCUAUAUCUUCAUAUACCCAGAGCGGAUACGCCAGCUUUCAUUCGCCUCGCAGCCCCAAUAUUCACCUUUCGGCCCACCUACUAUAGCGCUCACCUUUGAUCUUAGUAGACCACCGGCUCUCAUUCUGCCCAAGACAUACACCAGUUUGGGACCAGGAGCAAAAGACACGAUGCUUUCUCUUCGUAGCCUUAUUCAGCAGACAUGUUUCACCGUCUUCGCAUCUCUUCCGAGCAGAAUGCUCUCAUCAUCCUGGCUGCAGCAAUUUUGUCAAGAUAUUACAGAGCAUAAACUCACAACCAUUGCAUCUCUCGCAAACCUGAAAUCUCUGUACCAAGGCCAUGGUGCUCAGGUGGUUGAAGGUGAUGGUCCGUUUGAAGCCGUUAGUGACCAGGGCGAUGCUGCUGCCCCUACUGCUCAAGAGCUCCAGCUCCCAGCGUAUGAAGAGGCCAAUCCACAUUUUCCUCCUCCACGGUCUACUAAGAGAAAAAGGUCCUAUGAUGAGAGCUCUGCGAUUGGACAUGACUCCAAGUCGAUGGGAGUUGCAGCGAUGCAAGCCCUCAUUGGAGACAUGCUCGAGGCAAAGCUCACCGCUCAUGAGCGCAGGGUGGGAGCGAUGCUAUCCGAUCACGAGCACAAAGUUCAGGAGAUGCUAUCUGCUCAUCUAUGCAAGGUGAAUGAGCAAUUAGCCAUCAAUAAUUAUCAUAUUGCAGAUCAAAUCGAAUCUGUAGAAGACCGGGUAAGGAAUGACAUGGUGAAUGAGUUCACGGACACGAUCAACAAUAGGAUACUGGAAGAGAUGGAGGGAGUGCAAGAAUCUGUAAUGGAGCAGAUUACUUCAAUGCCCUUGCAAGCUCACCUGACUUUUCCCAACCAUCCAUUCCUUUAAGAUAGGGUCCACGAUUAUUGAUGAUAGCCAGCCUUGAUUGAAUAUAUAUGCUCCUGGAACGUUAAUACGCUAAUUGAUAUGAUGAUUACUUUUCCC